UAUUUUUAAACAUAAAAAAUGUAUAUUUAGGCGACAAAAUACACGAAACUAUUGCAUUACUAUUGCUCACUCUUCUAUCCUAAGUCAUGCUAAAUGCGCUGUUGAAGUUGUGUCAGUGGUUUCGCUUGCUAACGUUAGCUCGAUCUAAGAAAUCCCUUUCUCUGACCUUUUGUUCGCCUGAAAAACGCGUUUGUGGUCCUUUUCUCCCGAAUGCCCUGACAGAAGAUGCCAUGUUCGCUUGAUCUUUGCGUAGGACGUGUCUUUUGUCCAGAGUAACGUUACCUCAAAGUUUACAGCUGUUGCAGGCUGCACAUGUGUGACAUUCAGCCCCAGAUGUUAUAGCAGUCUGACACUGAAAUAUGUCCUCAUUAAGUGGAAAGUCUGAUAAGGAGAUCAGUCAGCUGCUGGAUGAAUAUGGCAUUAAACAUGGACCCAUAGUAGAAUCCACACGGAAGCUCUAUGAAAAGAAACUGAAUGAUGCCAUGACCAAAAAAGCUAAGCCUUCCUCGUCUGACAAGACAUACUACCGAGAAGAACAGGAGGAAGUGGAAUAUAUUAGCUAUCAUCAGCCCCCACAACUGAGCAUAUACGAUGGAUCUGGUGAUGUCACAAGGAGGUCAAAGGUCACCGGUGCCGAUUUUGCCCACGACAUACGGAGGUCAAAGCUGACUGAUUACAGAGAUGAAGACAUAGGCUAUAACAAUGCGCCCAUUAUCAGCCCAGCUCGCUCGUCCUAUCAGAGUUCUUCUCGGCCAGGCCCGUCAGUCUCCACAUCCAUGCAGCGUGGUCAGUCCAGUCCAGAGACCAGCAAAUCUGGAGGUGUGCCGGGCUGGCUUCGUGUCUUGCUGUUUCUUAUCAUUGCUGUGUUUCUUUAUUAUGUGUACACGUGUAUGGAGCCUGCAGAGGAGAUCCCCCUUAAAAGCAUUCAGUAGAGGAACAGUGAGAUGUUUUAAAUGUGUUCAUCAGCCCCAAACUAAACUGAUUCAGUACAAGAACAACCAAAAAUAUAGCCUGGAAUAAGAGCAAAUAAUAUUCUGGUUGAGUACAGAUUGUGAGGUUUAGUACCAGUUGUCGUACAACCAUAAACUUGUGCAUAAUGCGUAAAGUUUUAACCAAAUACUUGCUUUGUGCAUUUUUGUAAUCAAACAGAUACAGAUGUGGAAGACUAUCCAUAUUAAGAAAAUUCAGAAUUUUUUUUUAUCAUUGGGGCAUUUAAGUGUCUUUAAAACGGAUUUUCUCAUGAAUUGUAUGUAAAAUCCUUUUGCUGUGGCCGUGUAUUUAAGGGCUUGUGUUUAUGUGACAUUCUGUUGCGCACUAUUUGCUACACUGUUUAAAUUUUCAGUGUUAAACCCUUUUUUAAAUAAAUUCUAAGGUGCUGAAUUUAAAACUGAAAAGACUUGGGCAAUAAAGUACACAAGCUUGUGCUUGUUUGUGAAUAAUAGUUACAGCUAAAGGCCAUUGUUAGGCACAAUGCAACAACCCCUUCAGCCAAGAAUAGAUUCACAAUAUAAUAAGCUUUUAAGUGCCUUAUUACUAUUAUGGAAAAUGAUUAAGGGUAUAAAUUGUAUAAUUUUAUUAAACAAAUUUAAUUCAUUACUUUCCUCUUGCUGCUUGUCCCUGACAUGUAAACACUACCAAAAUGCCUUUUUUUAUUACAUAUA